CCACAAGUCCGAGCGCAUGACUGCAUUUCCCACAAUUCACGCUCCGUUUCCGGUGCCGCCGCGGUGCCGCCGACUGCUUCCGGGUUAGGGCCUGGCACUGUGGUUCUGGCGGCGGCGGCGGCGGCGGCGGGCUCCCGGGUGGUGGUAGGUCGGGAGCCGGCAUGGACGUUUCGGGGCAGGAGACCGACUGGCGGAGCGCCGCCUUCCGGCAGAAGCUGGUCAGUCAAAUCGAGGAUGCCAUGAGAAAAGCUGGCGUGGCCCACAGUAAAUCUAGCAAGGAUAUGGAGAGCCAUGUGUUCCUGAAGGCCAAGACCCGGGAUGAAUACCUUUCUCUUGUGGCCAGGCUCAUUAUCCAUUUCCGAGACAUUCAUAACAAGAAAUCUCAAGCUUCUGUCAGUGACCCUAUGAACGCACUGCAGAGCCUGACUGGUGGUCCUGCUGCAGGAGCAGCCGGAAUCGGCAUGCCUUCUCGAGGCCCUGGACAGUCCCUGGGGGGGAUGGGAGGCCUUGGUGCCAUGGGGCAGCCAAUGCCUCUUUCAGGGCAGCCGCCCCCCGGUACCUCUGGGAUGCCCCCCCAUGGCAUGGCUGUUGUAUCCACUGCAGCCCCACAGACCCAGUUACAGCUCCAGCAGGUGGCCAUUCAGCAGCAGCAGCAGUUCCAACAGCAGCAGGUUGCACUGCAGCAGCAGCAACAGCAGCAGCAGCAGCAACAGUUCCAGGCUCAACAGAAUGUGAUGCAGCAGCAAUUCCAGGCAGUGAUGCAGCAGCAGCAACAGCAGCUCCAGCAGCAGCAGCAGCAACAGCAACAGCAACACCUGAUUAAUAAACACUUGAUCCAGCAAAACCAGCAACAGAUACAGCAGCAGCAACAGCAGUUGCAGCGAAUGGCACAACUGCAACUGCAGCAGCAGCAGCAACAACAACAGGCUUUGCAGGCCCAGCCGCAGAUACAGCAGCCAUCCAUGCAGCAGUCACAGCCUCCUCCCUCCCAGGCCUUGCCCCAGCAGCUGCAGCAGAUGCACCAUGCACAGCACCACCAACCACCACCGCAGUCCCAGCAACCUCCAGUUGCUCAGAACCAACCCUCUCAGCUCCCGCCACAGUCACAGACCCAGCCUUUAGUGUCCCAGGCUCCAACCCUCCCUGGACAGAUGCUGUACGGCCAACAACAACCACAGCUGAAACUCGUUCGAGCUCCAAUGGUGGUACAGCAGCCACAAGUACAGCCGCAGGUGCAGCAGGUGCAGCCCCAGGUACAGCAGCAGACAGCUGUCCCAACAGCUCAGACCUCCCAGAUAGUGGCUUCUGGAGUCCAGAUGAUCACCGCAGCCUUGGCCCAAGGCGGGAUGCAAGUAAGAGCCCGGUUCCCGCCCACCACCGCUGUGUCUGCAGUCCCGUCAAGCUCCAUCCCUUUGGGCGGACAGCCCUCGGCACAGGUCAGCCAGAACAGCCUCACCAUGCUGUCCUCACCAUCGCCAGGCCAGCAGGUACAGACCCCGCAGUCAAUGCCCCCUCCGCCACAGCCAUCCCCACAGCCCGGUCAGCCCAACUCACAGCCCAACUCCAAUGUCAGCUCCGGCCCGGCCCCAUCUCCCAGUAGCUUCCUGCCCAGCCCCUCGCCACAACCCUCCCAGAGUCCAGUGACAGCGCGCACCCCACAGAACUUCAGUGUUCCCUCACCAGGACCUUUAAACACUCCUGUGAACCCCAGCUCUGUCAUGAGCCCCGCUGGCUCCAGCCAAGCCGAGGAGCAGCAGUAUUUGGACAAACUGAAGCAGCUGUCCAAGUACAUUGAGCCCCUGCGCCGCAUGAUCAACAAGAUCGACAAAAAUGAAGAUAGAAAAAAGGAUUUGAGCAAGAUGAAGAGUCUUCUGGAUAUCCUGACAGAUCCCUCCAAGCGGUGUCCCCUGAAAACGCUGCAGAAGUGUGAGAUUGCACUGGAGAAACUCAAGAAUGACAUGGCGGUGCCAACACCUCCACCACCCCCAGUGCCACCAACCAAGCAACAGUACCUGUGCCAGCCACUCCUGGAUGCUGUACUGGCCAACAUCCGCUCACCUGUCUUCAACCACUCCCUGUACCGCACAUUUGUGCCGGCCAUGACGGCCAUCCAUGGCCCACCCAUCACGGCCCCACUGGUUUGCUCCAGGAAGCGUAAAUUCGAAGAGGACGAGCGACAAAACAUCCCCAAUGUGCUGCAGGGUGAGGUGGCCAGGUUAGACCCCAAGUUCCUGGUGAACUUGGACCCUUCUCACUGCAGUAACAAUGGCACCGUCCAUCUGAUAUGCAAGUUGGAUGACAAGGACCUCCCAAGUGUGCCCCCACUGGAACUCAGUGUACCCGCCGACUACCCUGCCCAGAGCCCGCUGUGGAUCGACCGGCAAUGGCAGUACGAUGCCAACCCCUUCCUGAAGUCCGUGCACCGGUGCAUGACCUCAAAGCUGCUGCAGCUCCCAGACAAGCAUUCAGUCACAGCCCUGCUCAACACAUGGGCACAGAGCAUCCAUCAGGCCUGCCUCUCGGCUGCCUAGCCACCACUUCUGCUGCCUGUGGAGCUGCCUGCUGGGAACUGUGGGGGCAGCUGGCAGCUGUGUGGGGGCCACAGGCACAUGCCUCACAUCGGACUUUUCUAGGUGUCGGCUUUCUUAGAAAGCCUGGGCUUAGGUUAGCUUUCUUGCUUUUAUCUUCUGCCUUGGGGACCUGUCAAACAUUUUCCUACACUUGUACAAGACUGGGACAGGUGAGCGUGGAGCUGGCUGCACUGGCAGUGGGGAGGGUCUUCUCCCACCCUGCAUACCCCUUAGCAGCUCUCCCCAAGGCCUCCAGGACCCAUGUCCAUGUUCAGUAGCCUGGGAGAGAACUCAGGGUCUUGUUAGAGCAUCUUGUGUGUGAACCAGAAAAAUACUUCUACUGUUUCUAUAGGGGAACAUGGAAAACAUAGGAAAUCCUUAAACACACAAUUCUCUAAUUGGUUUUGGGUUCAGACAAUGCCACCAUUAGCAUGUGGGGCAUGCCACAGGGAAACUCCUAGAUCCAGUGGCAUCAACUGCAUUGCAUAGGGAAGACCGUCUAUAAAAGGCUGCAAGUCUCCUGCCACUGGCUGGGCCUCAUACCUCAUGACAUUCUCCCUUGAAGCCUUGGGGGCCCUCUCAGGCACUGUGAGGGCUCCUGGGGGUUGGGGGGAGGCAGGGGUACCUGGGGGUGGGAUCCUGUACCUGGCACUGUACCCACUAGUUGAAUGCUUGGGCCCACUCCUGGGUCAGGAUGCCAUCCUUGGAGCCUGGCGUCCUCAGAGGCACUCCAGCGAGGGCUUCCUGAUGGGGCACCAGCCGGCUGGCCCUCUGGUGACAAAAGGUUCCCCUUUUUAUAUGUGCACUACCGUGUUAAUCUGUGGUUCUUACAAUAAAUUUAUUAUUACUGA